AUGCCCCUUAUCCCACCAACGGUCCCGGAAGGCGUCAAGGCUGAACACCACCCUCUUCCCGAAGUCCAGCAGCUCCAGCCGGCGCAGCACCCGCAACAUCCUCAGCAGUCGACCCUCGAUUUCAUCCUCCGAACCGAGCGAGCUUCCAUCAACUACGCGGACCCCGAUCCGAGGAUGCUCAACCGGCCGAGGAAACUUUCCCAGUCAUCUACCAACAGUUCCCACAGCACCUCGAGAGAGAGCUAUGCCUCGAGCACUAGGGCGCCAUCAUGGAGCAGCGCCACGAGUUUCGAUUCCAUGGAUUUCAUCAACUCGCGCUCCAGCGAGUUUGGGCAGUCGAGGUCGUCGGCGAGCAGCGGCAGGCCAUCCCUGCACCGCUCGAAACCAAACGAGAUAUUUUCUGCCCUCCCCGGUGAAGUCUUGGAACUUAUUCUCGACGAGCUCAAGAAACUUCACCUCGGCAAGAGCGCCGACAGCUGCUCAACGUGCUGGAUGAGGGACCUCUGUUCCAUUUCGCUGGCGUCGAGGAAAUGGUGCAAGUUUGCUCGGACCUCGUUGUAUGAGGAUAUUCAGCUGAACGGUCCUGACUCGACCUCGAUGAAGAAGCGCUUCAAGGGCUGCGCCAACCCGCGUCUCGUUCUCCUGCGUCGAAGCCUACGGGCGAACAGGAGCAUCGCCGUCAUCGUCCACACGCUGAAGGUGCCGGCUGUUCCGGAGGAUACGCCAGUCGGUGUCUACCAUGACCUGGUUGCUUCCGUUGUCAUGGCUUGCCCGAAUCUCGAGCGUCUCGUCGGAUUGUACCCUCGCUACUCGCAUGCUUUUGACCGGCUCUUCCACGCUCUAUCCACACGGAGGAGACUGAAGCGGAUGGAUUGGAUGAUCGAGGGCGCGAGCGCGAGCACCACGCAACGGCCACCCACCCGACCGGGCACGAGCCAACUGACAAAGGGUUUCCCGACAAUGGGCAGCGCUCAAGCUUCCCUCUCGCCCCCGACCGACAUCCUCCUCCCUUCGCAGAGCUCUGCCUUCAUCGAGCUCCAUCUUGAUUGGAGCCACCUGACGACACUCACGAUCCACACGCUUCCUGGGGGCCUUUCCAACUUUGCCACCCGAGCCACCAGCCGAUCGAUCCAGCGCCUCGUGCUCCGACAUGUCAACAUGGACGAUAUGCUGGCGCUCGCCCGCGUGCUGUCGAACCUCGUCUACCUCGAGAACCUCGCCUUUGUGCAGUCGUUCCCGCCACAGAUGCCCGAAGACAACUUCAUCUUGCUCAUGCCCUAUCUCGCGUCUAACUCGCUCCGGAAGCUGCAUUGGGAUAUCACAAGCCACCCGACGUGCGCCAUUGCCGCCGAUUCGAUCCUCGCCCGCAGCAUCGCCGCCAAGGGAUUCCCCGCCCUUCGUAUCCUUCGUGCGCCCAACGACCCCGAGGGCAUCUUCCAGGUCCUCUGCCGACCCCGAGAUCGCGUUGAUCUACCAGGUGACAGGUUCCAACCUUGGUUGCUCGCACCCGCGACAAACCUCCAUCAGGCGCGGCUUGCGGCGCAGGCCCGUCUUGAGGCUGCGUGGCGGUUCCCGCGAUUCCACGUCAACGUCAUUGAUGAACGGGGAAUGCUUGUGGAUAAAUUCGGUCUCGCCGGAUUCAUGGGCACGGCCGAGAGCAAGAUUCGCUACGAUCUUAGCCCGGACCCGGGCGCUCGGGACGAGAACGGCGGGUUGAUUGAGAUUGGGGACGUGACUGGUGAUUGUGGAGAGAAGGAAGGCGACAUGUGCAAUGGCCGAUGGAACGUGCAUGCGACUCCGACGGACAAGAAGGACAAGGACAGGUGGUGGCACGUAGAGAGGGCUCCCAUCCGCCUUCUGGACCUUCGGCUUGCCAUGGCGCCCUCGUCCAAAGUCGCCACGGCCCUCGCGCAGGCCGAGUCCGCGCCAGAUAGCUCCAAACCGGACCAGUACGAGGCCAUCCUCCGCCGCAUCAAGGACCUGUCCUCGCCGACCACCGCGACGGCGGAUCUCGACGCCAUCGUCUCCUCUUUACUCUCCGCCUCGCUCGGCAUCGUCUCCACGAGAGCCCUACUCGACCUCUUCGUCACCACGCUCCGGGACUUGAAAAACGUCGACAUGUGCAUCGAGGUCGGCAGCCAGGCCCUCGAGCUGCUCGCCGCCUCGGGCGUCACGUCCUUCCUCGACCAGAUCGCCGCCCUCCGCGAGCUCAUGGCCUCGGCGCACGAGAGCAACGAAGACUACGUCGACGCCGCGCGCUGCCUGGCUCUCAUCCCCAUCGACUCGUCCCAGCGGCAGGUGACCAACGACGAGACGGCCCGGAUAUGGGUGCGCAUCGUGCGCAACUACCUCGAGGUGGACGACACCCCCGCGGCGGAUACGUACGUCAACAAGCUCAAAAAUAUCAUGCACACCGUCUCGGACCCGGAGCUCGUCCUGCACUUCCAGCUCUCCCAGGCCAGGAUCCAGGACGCCAAGCGCGACUUCCUCGACGCCUCCCGGAGACACCUCGCCAGGCUCUACAGGGACGAGCGGUCCUCGGGCCUCGAGGAGUUUGGCAUCUUGGAAAAGAUGUUUCUCGACCGCCUGCUCGCGCAGGACGAGGUGGACAAGUUCGCCAAGAGCCUGCUCCCCCACCAACUCGCCCUCACCACCAACGGCUCCACCGUGUUGGCAAAGGCCGUCGUCGAGCACAACCUGCUCGGCGCGUCCCGCCUGUUUGAGAAUAUCGGCUUCGAUGCCCUCGGCGCUCUCCUGGGCCUCGAUGCCGCCGGUGCCGAGGACACGACGGCUCGCAUGAUUGAGCAGGGCCGCCUCCUAGGUCGCAUCGACCAGGUUGACAGGGUCAUCUGGUUUGAGAAGGGAGAUGCUUCGGGAGUCCGGGGCAGCGGGAAGGCAGACCGGCUCGUUGGCAAGGAGACGCGGAGAUGGGACGCCAAUGUUCAGGGUAUCGCGGAAGAGGUGGAGCACGUUGUUAAUGCCCUGCAGAACGAAUAUCCUGACUUUGUCGCAGCCCAUCUCAGGGCUUGA